AUGGAGAAAUAUUUAACAAAGAGAAAAAUUCCGGAUUCAUCAGAGGCAUCUAAUGUUGAUUUUUCUAAACAUAGCCGUGUGGAAAUCAAUUUACCAGAUCUUCCCUCAGACCCUGGAAUGAGGACUAGGAUUUUAGAUUAUGAUCCUAAUUUGACUUUACCAGAUAUCCAAAAAGACAUUGUUCAUGCAGCUGCAAUUGAAACAACGAAGCUCAUUAUAAAUGAUAUCGGCGAAUGUUUUUUCUCUCUCCUUGUUGAUGAAUCUUGUGAUAUUUUGAUUAAAGAACAAAUGAGUGUUGUGUUGCGGUAUGUAGAUGUAGAAGGUCGUGUAAUUGAACGCUUUCUAGGUAUUGAGCAUGUCCCAAAUACUGCAGCUAUUACACUUAAAGAGACACUCGAUAAUUUGUUUUCAAGACAUGGGUUGAGCAUCUCAGGUUUGCAGGGACAAGGUUAUGAUGGGGCAAGUAAUAUGAAAGGUGAACUUGGUGGUCUUAAAACUUUGAUUUUGAAUGAAAAUGCAAGUGCAUAUUAUAUUCAUUGUUUUGCUCACCAGCUUCAACUUACUCUUGUAGUGGUGGCAAAAAAUAAUUCAAAAAUCGUUUCUUUGUUUGUGUUGCUAACCAAUGUUGUGAAUGUUGUUGGAGGUUCUUGCAAGCGUCUUGACCGUCUUCGAGAACAACAAGCUUCCAAAGUUAUUGAAGCACUUGGUUUAGGUGAAAUCAUAAGCAGUCGAGGCCUCAAUCAAGAAACAUCUCUUAUCAAACCGGGAGACACACAUUGGGGAUCCAAUUAUGGUACUUUGAUAAGUAUGAUUACAUUGUUUCCAUCCGUUUUAGAUGUUCUUGAGAUUAUUACGGAAGGUGGAGCAACCCCAGAACAAAAAUGUGAAGCUGAUAUGUUAAUUAACUCCUUGCAGACCUUUAAUUUCAUAUUUUCUCUGCACUUCAUGAAAAAAUUAUUGGGUAUUACGAAUGAGUUAUCCCAAGCAUUGCAAAGGAAAGAUCAAGAUAUUGUAAAUACAUUGAACAUGGUUAGAAUUUGCAAGAUGCAAUUGCAAAAUUUGAGGGAUAGUGGAUGGGAUUCUAUGCUCACUCAGACUACAUUGUUUUGUAAAAAACACGAGAUUGAGGUUUGCAACAUGGAUGCAAUGUUCUUACUUCCUGGACGGUCACGACGAAAAUAUCCAAAGAGGACAAACUUACACUACUAUCGUGUAGAGUUAUUCUACGAUGUCAUUGAUUUGCAACGCACAGAACCAGAGAGUCAUUUUAGUGAGACUGGCACAAAAUUGCUUCUUUUCAUGGCGAGUCUCAAUCCAAAUAACUCAUUUGCAGCUUUUGAUAAAAACAAAUUAAUUCAGCUAGCUCGUUUAUAUCCAAAUGAUUUUUCAGAUAUGGAUUUGGAGAUACUUAACGAUCAACUGGAAACUUAUAUUCUCGAUAUGUUGAAUUCGUCAGAGUUUUUGAAUCUAAAUGGGAUUGGCGAUCUUGCACAGAAGAUGGUUGAAACAAAAAGAGAUAAAGUGUUUUCUAUGGUUUACUUGCUCAUCAAAUUAGCAUUGACGUUACCGGUUUCAAAAGCAACAGUUGAGAGAUCGUUUUCCGCUAUGAAGAUUGUGAAGAACAUGAUACGCAAUAAAAUGGGAGAUCAAUGGAUGAAUGAUAACUUGGUUGCUUAUAUCGAAAAAGAGGUUUUUGCGGAUGUUGCCAAUCAAGAUAUCAACAAUAUGUUUGAUAAAAUGAAAACUCGUCGACGACCUUAG